UCACGACGCACGUCUAUGACUUCAUGACGGACGACUCCUGAAUAUCGAUAAUCUCACCGCUUUGUUCCUGCUGGGGUUUGGCGAGGAUAUAAAGAGUCGAGUUUGUCUUCGACGACUUCUCUCUCAGUCCUUAGAAACAUUACUGUAUCAACAUCAACAUCAACAUCAAUAACACACUCAUCAAACAAUCAACGAAAACGGCUAUCAUCACAGCAAUUUUCAGCCCAACUCUUAGUCAGCACUCGUUCGACAUAGCCACCAUGCCGCAGUACAAGACCGGCCAGACCGUCCGCUACAAGCCCGUCGGCGGCCCUGACUCCAACACCUCGGAGAGCACGGGCAAGAUCAUCGAUGUGAUUACUGAGCCCGGCGUCCAGGCCGAUCGCAACGUCCAGGCUAGCUCUGACGACCCGCGCUACGAGAUUCAAAACGACAACACGGGCAAACUUGCAUCCGUGUACGAGAAGAAUAUUCUCGGUUCUGCUUAGGCGAAAGCGUCGGCUUGAGAUGACGUUCUACUUGUCGUUUUGGGAUGUUGGAUUUGGGAUUAUGUUUGUAACUUACUGGGUAGUGUCGGAUUGGUGCUCGAUCGUUUUGGGUGUUGCUACUAUUAGCGAUUAGACUGCCAUAAAGCGAUAAAUACGAAGUUCAUUGCCAAAA